GUCAAAGUAUGGAAUAUCGCAUAAUCACAAGUUUCCGUUUUUAUGGUCAAAUUUCUAACGGCGUAUAGACGCUUGAAGCCUCCUAUUCCGUCGUUUUAUAUGGAUGGCGUCUAUUUAUUUCCGUGACUAUCGGCAACCAUAUAUACUACUCCGUAUAUAGAUAGAGGGACUCUCCUGCGACUCUCUUCAUUGUUCUGUUUUCUUCCUUUUGCUGAAAGAAAGCUCUCAAUCCCUCCAACCUAUCAAGAUGCAGAUCUUCGUUAAGACCCUCACUGGCAAGACUAUUACUCUUGAGGUUGAGAGCUCAGACACCAUUGACAAUGUAAAGGCGAAGAUUCAGGACAAGGAAGGGAUUCCUCCUGAUCAGCAAAGGCUGAUCUUUGCUGGAAAACAGCUUGAGGAUGGUCGAACCCUGGCGGAUUACAAUAUCCAGAAGGAAUCAACUCUUCAUUUGGUGCUGCGUUUGAGGGGAGGCAUGCAGAUCUUCGUCAAGACUCUUACAGGCAAGACAAUUACUCUUGAAGUUGAGAGCUCGGACACAAUUGACAACGUAAAGGCGAAGAUUCAGGACAAGGAAGGCAUUCCUCCUGAUCAGCAGAGGCUGAUCUUUGCUGGGAAGCAACUAGAAGAUGGUCGAACCCUUGCAGAUUACAAUAUCCAGAAGGAAUCAACUCUUCAUUUAGUUCUGCGUUUGAGGGGAGGGAUGCAGAUCUUCGUCAAGACUCUUACAGGCAAGACUAUUACUCUUGAAGUUGAGAGCUCGGACACAAUUGACAAUGUAAAGGCAAAGAUUCAGGACAAGGAAGGCAUUCCUCCUGAUCAGCAGAGGCUGAUCUUUGCCGGGAAGCAACUAGAAGACGGUCGAACCCUUGCAGAUUACAACAUUCAGAAGGAAUCAACCCUCCACUUAGUGCUGCGGUUGAGGGGAGGUAUGCAGAUUUUUGUCAAGACCCUGACUGGGAAGACUAUAACUUUGGAGGUUGAGAGUUCAGACACAAUUGACAAUGUCAAGGCGAAGAUUCAGGACAAGGAAGGUAUACCUCCAGACCAGCAGCGUCUCAUCUUUGCUGGUAAACAACUUGAGGAUGGAAGGACCCUUGCAGACUACAAUAUCCAGAAGGAGUCAACUCUGCAUUUGGUGCUGCGAUUGAGGGGAGGUAUGCAGAUAUUUGUCAAGACCCUGACUGGAAAGACCAUCACUUUGGAGGUGGAGAGCUCAGAUACUAUUGAUAAUGUGAAGGCAAAGAUUCAAGACAAGGAAGGUAUUCCCCCAGAUCAGCAGAGGCUCAUCUUUGCUGGCAAGCAGCUUGAGGAUGGACGCACUCUUGCUGAUUACAACAUCCAGAAAGAGUCCACCCUCCACCUUGUCCUCCGGCUCCGUGGUGGUGAUUGCUGAGAAUCUAGUUCAAUGGUUGUUUUCUGUUGGAUGGUUUUUUGCUUUCUUAAUGACUUGUGUUACUGUGUGUUUCUGGUAAAUGGCUAUGUUUCAAGGACCAUAACUACCUUUCUGCAAAUCCUUAACGUCGUGCUUUGUUUCUACAAACUUUAGAUUCUAAUAAAAUUUUGUUUUGUUUGGAAUA